CUUAAAACGUGAGCCUCUACUACUUGAGCUAAAAGACCCUCUAAGCCAAAGCUGUAGCAGGAUCAUCAGCCUCAAUAUGUAGCCCAGCCAGCGCUUGAUGGGGACAGAGUGCCACACUGAAUGGAGAACACUGCCUGAAGCAGGUCCACCAUGCCGUUAGUAACGAGGAACAUUGAGCCAAGGCACCUGUGCCGUCAGACGUUGCCUAGCGUUAGAAGUGAGCUGGAAUGCAUGACCAACAUCACCCUGGCAAAUGUCAUUCGACAGCUGGGCAGCCUGAGUAAAUUUGCAGAGGACAUUUUUGGAGAGCUGUUUACUCAGGCCAACACCUUUGCCUUUCGGGUGAGCUCUCUAGUCGAGAGGGUCGACCGCUUGCAAGUCAAGGUCACUCAGCUGGAUCCCAAAGAGGAAGAAGUGUCCCUACAAGGCAUUAAUACAAGGAAGGCCUUCAAAAGCUCCACCACUCAGGACCAGAAGCUCUUUGACAGAGACUCUCUCCCGGUGCCUGUCCUUGAAACAUACGGCAUCUGCAAUACUCCACCACCUCUCAACAUUCUCUCCCCUUACAGGGAUGAUGGCAAAGAGGCACUCAAAUUCUACACAGACCCUUCAUACUUCUUUGACCUUUGGAAAGAGAAAAUGCUCCAGGACACCAAGGAUAUCAUGAAAGAAAAGCGGAAGCACAGGAAAGAGAAGAAGGAUAAUCCCAACCGAGGGAAUGUGAAUCCGCGGAAAAUCAAAACCCGAAAAGAGGAGUGGGAGAAAUUGAAAAUGGGACAGGAGUUUGUUGAGUUAAAAGACAGACAAGGACCUGCUGGCUAUCCCUCUAAUGUGGUGUAUCAGAAUGGCAGCAUUGGCUCAGACGAGAGCAUGGAAAUGAACUACUAUCCACCACCACCGCAGUCAGAUUCUAUCUCACCACCAUCUCCAUCCUACCCAGAGGACAGCCUGCCUCCACCACCCUUGGAUUUUAGCUACCCAGUAGACAACCAAAGAGGUUCUGGUUCUGGAGGACAAAAAAGAUCCAGCCUGGUCAGUCCAAGCCAUCCUCCACCAGCUCCUCCGAUUGGAUCCCCAUCCAGUGCCAGGCCAGGCUUUGCUCCGCCUCCUGCUCCUCCCCCACCACCACCAAUGUCAGGAAUUCCCCCGCCACCUCCUCCUAUAGGAUUUCCAAAUUCAGGGAUGCCGUCGCCACCAUCUCCAUCCUCCUUCCCUCCUCACCCCGACUUUUCUGCCCCUCCUCCUCCAUCACCUCCAGCAGCAGAAUACUUCGCUGUGCCUCCACCGCCAUCACCUCAGCCAGUAGAUGGUGCUCCUCCCCCUCCUCCCCCUCCUCCUCCUCCUGGUCCCCCACCUGUGCCUUCCAGUGGCAUGGAUGGUGCACCAGCUCCACUUCUGCCUCCAGACUCCUCGGCCUCCAAGCCAAAAUCUUCCUUGCCUCCUGUUACUGAUGCCAGAAGUGACUUGCUGUCAGCUAUCCGUCAAGGCUUCCAGCUCCGCAAGGUGGAGGAACAGCGGGAACAGGAGAAGCGGGACGUUGGGGGCAAUGACGUGGCAACGAUCCUUUCUCGCCGCAUCGCUGUGGAAUACAGCGACUCUGAGGAUGAUUCUUCGGAGUUUGGCGACGACUGGUCUGAUUAACCGUGGUCCUGCUCCCCAGACUCCUCACUAGCCUGACCCCUUUCUUAAAGAGCCAAGUACUUCCUAGGUUGCCAAAGCCUUUUAGCUUUUCCUGUCUCCUCCAGUAACCGAAGAUGUACCAAGGGGGUUCAGCAAAUCACCAUUGGCUUUGGCAAGACUUGCACUCGCCUUUCCAAAAGGUCUCCUGCAAGAUGCUGUGGGUUGCAAUGUUGUUUUCCAGCAGGAGGGGGAGUGGUGCUUGCUCAUUAAAGGAAACUUAAACCACCAGAUUUGCAAUGCCACAGAACAAAGCACGGUUAAAGAUCCUUUGGGAUGUGUUUUUUUUUUUUUUUAAGUUAAAAAUCGGUGACCCUAUUGCAGCCAUAGGGCUCUUCAGAAGGGCAUUUUCAGCCGGUUUUCUCAUUGCAGCAGCAUAUAGGAUAUAGUGGACAUAACUCUCUCUUCCUCUCCAGUUAAUAUUGGGAGUAGUGCUAGAAAAUUGGCUUAAAAUGUCUCUUCUAGGCUACAUCCCAUUAUUAAAUAACCCUUGGAACAAUCCAUUUUUUUUGGUGAUGGAAGCAUCAUUUUUCCAGCAUUUCAAAACUAACCUGCCUAAAAAGCUCUCUCAAGCUGUGGGGCGGCAGGGUGCACUACAUGGAAACCUGGGGGUUAGGUUUUCUUUAAAAGCUGCCUCUACCCCCUCCAAUAGCCUGGUUUGUGCCUCCACCACUGCUGAAGGAGGCUGAACUAAGAGACACCACCUUAGCAAAAGGCUAACCUGGCUGGCUGCCCACUCCGGGGGGUGCAGGGGCAUUACCAGGUCAGGACGUUUCCCUGCUGCUACUAGUGUGCUGAGGGAACUAAGCAGUGACAGCUGGGGCUUGCUAGGUUCUGCUGUGCUGGGAAGGUUUUCAUCUGUUACCUAGUGAGCUCAGCAGUGUCUCUAGAGCAGGAGAUGUAACCAGCGGUAUUGGGUGGGAAGAGGCGAGCUCUGAGCACCAAAUAGGCCCAUUUGGCGUUCAGUGUCUCUACAAUUAACUUACCAGCCAGGGCAAGGAGGUGAAGCAUCAGUGUCUCAUUUGGCCUAUUCAGGGCAGCACUUUGGUCAGUUUGAAUUCAGGUGCUUUUCAUUGAGGUUGAUGGUGCACUUUAUGCAGGGAAUUGAGCAGCAGAAAAUGCCAGUAUUUAGCCUAUGCUGCUGUCUCCUAUCCUGGGGGAGAGGGUUACAUGUUGCAGGGUCUCUCUGUGGACUGAGUCAGCCAUCGGUAACAUUAUAUCUAGCCCAUAUUAGUGGUUUUCCACUACUUCACAUCCACAGUCCAGUAGUUAAUUCUCAGAAAAGAUUGUAUUAUCUCCUUUAGCAGACUAAAUUUACAAAUUCCUGAUCUGCUCCCAGGAGAUGCAUUACAGGUAGGGGUGGAAAUGGGGAUUUUAGAUUAGCUAACUUAGGUUUCAUUGUUUUUAUUACCUUUUUAAGUUGAGUGCAAGCACCUCCAACCAGAUAGAUAACAAAGACCUCUGUGUAGCAGGUGCUUGUUUAAUAUCUUAUCUGGGCUUGACUGUCCAAGUCUCAGUCAGUGUGACAUCAAAGAGCAACUCCUAAGUUUUUCACAGAGAUCACAGCCCAUGUGAUUCCAACUGGGGGGGAGGGACAAUGCAGCUCUGCCUUUACUUUUCUAAAGUAUUUUGCCAACAUGUGCCUCUCCUUCCCUUCCCUCUAUGACUUGCCUUAUUACUGCUUUUGUAUAUCUAAACAAAGAUGUCACCAAUACAUGGGACACCAGAUACAGUCAGAGGUUGCCAUAUUGCCAGAAAAAAAAAAAAAAACCUCUUGGGUUUAUUUGGUUUUUUUAGUGUUUAAAUUCUCACUUUUCUGGAUUCUUGCUAUUUUCUUGAAUACCUUUCCCUUUGCUAACAUUUGAAAGAGACUAAAUGAAGUGGCCGAGAUCUUCGGUUUCUCUAGAGGUUAGGGGACCACGUUUUUGGGUGCAGGUGUUGUCAUGUUCCAGUCUGACUGUAAAGCACCAGUGAAGUUAAUUUAUUAAACCUCUGCACUGCUAUAUUUGGCAGCAAGCCAAGUAUGUAAGGUAGACUCCUAAGAGGGCAUAGGGCUGGUCUUCGUUAUGGGGAGAUUGAUGCUGCAGCAGUCGAUGCAGCAGGGGUGGAUUUAGCGGGUCUAGUGAAGACCAUAAAGAUGCUAAAUUGACGGCAGAGCACUCUGCAGUUGACCCUGGUACUCCAGGUCUCCGAGAAGAGGAAGGGAAGUCGACCGGAGAGUGUCUCCUGUCGCUGCAGCACAGUGAAGACACCAGGGUAAGUUGACCUAAGCUAUGUUGACCUAAGCUUCGUUAUUCACAUAGCUGGAGUAGCGUAACUUAGAUUGAUUUUACCCCCAUAGUGAAAGACAAGCCCAUAGGCAGUGAAACUGACACUGCUUUCUGAUGGGACAAGAACAUGUGAGCAAUGUUAGUUCCAAUCCUCCAGCGCCGAUAAGCCAUAAUGUACUACAGGGCACUGGAAAUUAGGAACACAAAAAUGCCAAACUUGGCUUGUUUUAAAAUUGCUUUGGCUCCACCUGGCUCCAUUUCAUGAGGAGGAAGCUAGUACUCCUUUCAUUCAAAGCUUUGAAAGGUGCGAUAUCCCUUGUGACCUUAAAUGGAUAAUCCAUCUGUGUGCAAGCCACCAGUUGGAUUGUGGAGAAAUAGGGUUGGUGCCAGAUGGUUCUGUGACCAGUCUCGUGGCUCUGCCCAGUGUUCUUAACAUCUAUGCAAUAAAGCCUGUCCCUUUGUACUGGGUGGCCAUAAAGAAGCAAUGCCCACUUAUGCUGAUCAGCCAUUCCAUCAAUAGAAGGAAAAAAAAAUUCUUUAUUCAAGUCUAGUUUAAAAACAGUUCUGCUUUUAAAGUCAUUGGGGUCCUUAGGAGUGGAUCUGAAACAUCGGUUCUCAACCUGGGGGGAAUAGGAGGCGGGGAAGAAAAUAGGCGCCAAGAACAACCUCUCUGCAAGAUGGUUGUACCCAAAUGGCUCUAACUGUAGGGCUGUGACCCAUUCAUGCAAGGGGCACGUGCUUGGCUGGACACCUGGCCACUUUGUUGGUUUAACGUGUUCUUAGCCUAUUUAGUGUGACCGUAGGUACAUUCCAGACAGCACAGUGGAGGGAGCUUCCAGCGUUUAACAAAUCUGGGGAUGAGAAUAAGAGGCUGCUUUUUUGUUUUUUUAAUAGGUGUUCAGGCACGCCUUUGUAUUUCUGUCCAGUCUAACCCAGGUUACGGGUUAUGCAAAUCCAGUGCAGCCAUCUAGCCAGUGCUUAUAGUGGGAGUCAUUUGCCAUUGGAUCUGCUUACUCGCGCUGUCACUUCACAGAGCAUGUUUGGACAGGUCGGGUUGUCUUUCCUUUCUGAGCCUGGUUAAGUAUUCUCUCUCUCUCUUCUCAGCUGUAGUGCCUGGCUGCUUCUCUCAGCAUUCUCCCCUCUCUUCCUCCUCCCCCACCCCCCAUGCACACAGAGUAUGCCUACUACAGGUUUCCAGGGCUCAGCCUGGGGGCUCAUCUGCAGUCAGUGACCUUCAUUGGUUCUCCUCUCCUUAUCAGUCACAGUGCAGCAGACCAGAUCCGGGGAAGAGGCUCUAGGAAGUCCCAAAUGGCCAAGGAACUGCGUGUGAAGUAUAACUUCGUGCGAGAGAGAAUUGCAGUCCAUGGACUUCUUAAACAUGCCUGCUUUAAAAGUACCUGUCCUGGAUGGGUCAAGCCCAUCUCAUAGUUGCCCUGGGUCAAGUUUUCUGUGUCUCUCUUGUUCUUUUACAAAGCCUUGAAGUGGGAUGUGGAUCAGAUUUUAUUACUGUAUUAACGUUAUUCCUUUUGAUUCAUUUUAGAAACUAACCAAUUUUUUUCCUGUCUAGAAUGAUGUAGAACUAGAAAAGCCAUAAUGCUUCGGAAGUGCCUUAUUUCCUAUAUGAUAUAAAUAUAUUUAUAAGAGUAAUUAUUCCAUUUGUAACCUGGGGGUCUACUCUGUGCAAAGGUUGUGUUGGUGGGGAAGAGAUGCACCAUGUCUUAUAAGGAGCCAAAUGAGUCUUAUGGUGUGAAAGGAAAAGGGGUGUGGGAAAGGAUUCUCUGGGUUGUGAGCAGUGGGGAUUACUCCCUUUCAGACCAAAGGAACGCAGAGAAGUAUCAAAAACGAAACCCUGUUAAAGUCUCACCAGCAAAACACUGUACGUCUUUGGCAUCGAGGUUAACAACUUGUUUUACCCCACAGAGUGAACAUUGACAGCCGGAUUCUGGUUUGUUAUGCCAGUGUAAAUCAGGAGUAACACCGCUGGCUUCAGUGGAGUAGUUCUGCCUUUACACCGAUGUAUCUGAAUCCAGAAUCUGGCCGCCUCUGUUUUUCCUAGUAGUGCCUAUUUUCUAUUUUCCUCUGUCAGGUGCUGUUUAGCCAAGCUUUCAUACUGCUUCUUUAUAGUCUGCUUGGUCUCUCCCCCCCCCCUCCCCCGAUGAAGAUCCUUAUCUGCAAUUUUUGUAAUGUACCUGUAAAAAUCUUCCUUUUUUAAAAAUGUAAACUUUAAGAAAAAUCUUGAUAAAACCUUUCUAUCCAAUCAA